AUGGAGUUCAAUCAAACCAACCCUUCCGCCACAAGGCCGGGCCUUUCAUCCUCCGACUCCGCCAUGCUGGAGGUGCUUGUGCCCGGGUAUACUUUAAUUUCACGAUUUCUCGUCUCUUAUCUCCAUAUCGACCCCACCAUCUAUCUACAACAACUGAUUCUCUUGGCAGUACUUGGUGCUGCCGUGCGAUACAUUUCUUUAUCCGUGAUUGAUCUUGUUAAAGAUUAUUUUGUUUCCACGGCCGAAAUUCGUCUCGACGAUGAAGUCUUUACUUACUUCAUGUACUGGAUGUCACGGCAGCCGCAUAUGAAACGUACCAAUCGCUUCGUUGCUGGUGUCAAGGCGAAUGGCUACCAAAGCGACGAUGAGGAAGAGGAAGAGGAGGAUGUCAACUCUGAUAAGUCUGAGGGAGAAUGGGAUGAGCCCGGCAGUAGCGAAUCGGCAGAUGACUUCGAUCAGUACUGGGCCAAGGUGGUCAGUCGGGACAAGUAUAAACCACUCCGCUUUACUCCCUCUCAGGGAAGCCAUGUUUUCUGGUAUAGGAAUCGACCCCUGAUGCUCCAGCGACAAAAAGAGGAUGGCAACAAUAGGUUGGUGCUCAUUAACGAGCGACUUUAUCUAUCUUGCCUCGGUCGCGAUGCAUCCAUCCUUCGGGAUAUAUUGAAUGAAGCCCAAGAGGCGUAUGUCCAGCGAGAUGGCAACCGUACCAUUAUUUACCGUGGUCAUCGAUACUAUUCUGGGAGUUCGUGGUACUGGGAUCGCUGCAUGGCCCGCUCGCCGCGUCCUCUGUCUACUGUUGUCCUUGAUGUAGAACAGAAGCAGGAUUUCAUCGAUGACAUCAAGGAAUACCUUCACCCUCGAACCCGCCGUUGGUAUUCCAACCGUGGAAUUCCGUAUCGACGAGGGUAUCUGCUACACGGUCCCCCUGGUACAGGAAAGACCAGUCUUUGCUUCGCCGCGGCAGGUCUAUUAGGCUUGAAGCUUUACCUUCUCAAUCUCAACUCCAAGGCUCUUGACGAGGACAAUCUUAGUUCCCUGUUCUCUGAGCUUCCACAGCGUUGUAUUGUUCUCCUUGAGGACAUCGAUACCGCAGGCAUUACUAAGAGCCGUGGCAAGACGGUUGUUACCAACAUCAAAUCUGAGGAUGAAACUGGUGAAGACUUUGAGAUCGAAGAGAAAGAUAAAACCACUGCUGCCGAAGAACCUGCAAAAGCCGAUGGAAUCACACUAUCUGGACUCUUGAAUGUUAUCGACGGGGUCGCCGCUAGCGAGGGCCGUAUCCUUGUCAUGACCUCCAACCACCCAGACCAACUAGAUGCGGCUCUUCUUCGCCCUGGUCGCGUUGACAUGAGCAUUGAGUUUCGCUACGCCACUUCUGACGCCAUUGAAGAGCUCUUCACUACCAUUUAUGCUACUAUGGAGGGAGACUCUCCCCAGACCUCUGCUUCUUCUCGGCGCCUUAGCAAUGGGAAUACGAAGCAGCCAAACGGUUGCACGCCUAGCCCGCCUAGCCCGCCUAACAUGAAGCGCACUAAAAGCCAGGAGCUGAAUGAGAAAGCAGAAAAGGAAUACAAGGAGCGACUUGCUUCUUUAAAAGCUCGAGUCUCUGCGCUAGCAAAGCAGUUUGCUUCUAUUGUUCCUGCCGCUGAGUUCACUGCUGCUGAGAUUCAGGGAUACCUUCUCAAUCACAAGAGCACUCCCGAGGCCGCUAUCAAGGGCGCUGACACCUGGGUGCAGAGUCUUCGCGAAAAGAAAAAAGCCCGUGAAGAAAAGUCUGCUUAA